ACUGAGCAGAACAUCAUUCAGGUGUUGGUGAAAGUUGCAGCUAUGAUGCGCUUGUUGUUGGGUGUGUUUUGUUUCCUCUUCCUACACAUUGGACCUCAGGCUUUUGAAAUAUUGCCAGGAGACUCUUUAAAUCACCAGGAAAUUACAGAACGAGCAAUUCUGAAUGCAACUGUGCAGACAUGCCGUGCUCUGGCAGUGGCCGAAGGAGUCAACUUCAAUUUUCCAGCUCAGCCUUAUACAGCAGAAAAUGUUGCUGCUGCUUGCGGUGCCUCACAGUCAUCGAAGACUUUCCGAAAAGCCAUAAAGUCUAUCACACUGAGGAACAUCCGAGUGGACAUCCGAUAUGCUUUGAAUGCAAGCUACCACUUUGAUGAGGAGAUGUUUGUUCAGGGAAGGGGAAUCAUCACAGAGGGAAUUGCUGCUGUCAAAGCCAGCAACAGGAUGGAGAAUUAUGAGACUGCUCGACAGCAACUGGGAGAGAUUAUGCAUCCUUUGCAAGAUUUCUACAGUCACAGUAACUGGGUAGAGCUGGGAAAAACAGUCCCAAACUCUAAUCUGAUCAGAGCAGAAAGCAGCAUUGGUAACAUAGCAGAUGAAAGCAGAGCCACAUGUCGCAGCUGUGAUGGAGACGACUGCACCAACAAUAUUCUGGAGGACAUCAUAGAGGAGCAGAUCCUGACCUCUGGGUACUUUGGGAUUGUACCUAUUGUCUCAACCAAACCACCCGGAAAGUGCAGUCAUGGAGGAGGAAUUGACCAAACUAGUAAGAUCGAACCAAAGGGUGGGAUAAACAAGGAUUCCUUCAAGUCUGAGCAUGGACAUCUCCACACACAAGCAGCAAAUGUGGCGAUUGCUGCAACCAGUCAGCUGCUGGAGGAUGUUCGACUGGCAGCAGGAGAGAGACCCUUCCUAGAGAUGGUGGGAAUCGCAAGGGGUUCAAGCAGAGCUCUUUGUUUUGUCACUGACACCUCGAAGAGCAUGAGUGAUGACAUUGCAGUGGUGAAGACCGUCACCUCCAGCAUCAUUGAAAGAUAUAAGGGAACAGAGAAUGAACCAUCACUUUACAUCCUCGUACCUUUCAGCGAUCCAGGAUUUGGGCCACUGAUUCGAACAUCAGAUGCCAACCUUUUCAAAAAUAUUGUUGAUAGUUUAACAACUACUGGUGGAGGAGAUAAGGAGGAAAUGAGUCUCUCUGGACUACAGCUGGCAUUAACUUCUGCUCCGUUCAGCUCCGAGAUCUUUCUCUUCACGGAUGCACCAGCUAAAGAUGAACAACUGAAGAACACAGUGAUCGCCCUCAUUGAGCGGACCCAGACAGUGGUCAACUUUAUGGUUACAGACACAGUAGAGACUAAUCGUCGCAAGAGGAGAAGCAUCAACCAAUCUCAAGCAAGAGCGAUCAAUGAGCCUGAAGCUCAGCUGUACAGAGACCUGGCUCAUGCAUCAGGAGGUCAGGCCAUUGAAGUGACGAAAGCUCAACUUCCUGUUGCAGCAGCAAUUAUUGCCCAGUCUGCCAGCUCCUCUGUGGUGACCCUGCUACAGGCAUCCAGGAGCCCAGGACAGACGGAUAGUUUUACCUUUAUAGUUGAUCAAACUGUUACAAACCUGAGAGUUUACAUUACCGGCAAGUCCGUCACUUUCACACUCACAAGCCCAACAGGUGCAUCUCAGCAAAGCACGGACUCAUCAGGCUCAUUGAUCAACAACCUUCAGCAAGUGGGAAACUUCAUUACAGCGCAGUUACAAAAACAAGUUGGGAAAUGGAAAAUGGAAAUGGUGUCGACUAACCCCUAUACCCUAAGAGUCAUUGGCCAGAGUUCUGUUGACUUCUUGUUUGACUUCGUUGUGCCAUCUGAGGGUCCUUUUGGUGGAUUUGAUACUCUAGACACACGUCCCAGAGCCGGUGUCACGGGCAGGUUGCUGGUGUCUAUAACAGGAAGUGACUCUGCUACUGUGAAUGAAGUUGCUCUGGUGGAAUCAUCAGCUGGAUCAGAGGAGAUUACAGGAGCUGUUGCUUCACAGGGGGACGGAGAUUAUUUAGUCCAGUUCGAUAUGAUGCCAGAAGUGGAGUUUUCAGUUCGGGUGAAGGGAAGAGUUCAAGGUUCUUCAAAUGACUUUCAAAGACAGUCGUCCACUAACUUCAGAGCUUCCAAUCUGACUCUUACUGCCGAUUCAGAAAACAUCUUGAUACCAGGGACACCGGUCUCUGUGCCCUUCACUGUGUCAUGGACCGGAUCAGAUGGAAACGUAACCAUCCGAGCCUCCAACAAUAAAGGCUUUGACUUAACGUCUCCCAGCAUGUUAUUUUUGAAAGGUGGGAACAGCACAAAUGGCACAGUGACCCUGUCAGCUCCCACGAACACCCCGUCAGGUUCUGACGUCAUCCUGACCAUCGAGGCAGAAACUCCGGAUGGAACUGAUUCCAACUACAUCGUGCUGCGCUUCUCUAUAUUAAACUCGAAUGGGGAUUUUUCCCAUCCAGAUUGUGAGCUGCUCAACCUGCAGUCCAACUGCCCUGAAAACUGCAGCAAAUCAACAUGGAAGCUUGAUGUCCGGGUGACUGAUGGAGAUAACGGGGCGGGCGUUGACCGCGUCAGCCUCAUCCAGGGCAACGGUACCUACAACACCAGCCUGGAAGCUGGAACUGGGAACAUAACACUAGUGUCCUACACUGCAUCCUGCUGUGCGCCUGAAAUGGAGCUGUUGGUUAUAGACCGAGUGGGCAACGUUGGCUCGUGUCUCUUCAGCGCCAGAGACUCUGUGUCCAUUAGCGUCUCUCAGUCCCUCUCUCUGUGCCUCAGCAUAGUGGCUUUAGGAUACCUUUUGCUGAAUUAAGUUAGUAUUGAAUUACUUUUAAAAGGUGCAAUAGUUUGUGUUUUUCAAUCUAAUAUUUGUGUACAAUCUUCUUGCAAAAUAUUUUAUUAACCAUGUGAAGAAUAUUGUCUGUUUUGAAGGAUUAGCUGGUCCCUGUACUGGAUGAAGCAGUAGGGAUCCUUUCUGAAGGCCUCAUUCUCUACUCCUUUUAUUCCACUUUAUGUGAAAUGUGCAUCUGGAUAUAGAUUCUGACAGUUUAAAGACCAUUGGAUCGGAAAAAUAAACUUUUUAUUACUCAGGCCGUUAUGAUGAUGAAUUCAAAACAUGAUUUGCAGGAUUGUGUCUUCAUUUUAGUCAUACAUUUUAUUUCCCUGUUUUGCCAUUGUUGUAGUCAAGAAAUAUGCAAAG